AUGGGAGCUUGUUUAUCAAGAUAAGAGGAAUUUAACGCCCAGGUAGGGCAGUUUGAGAAAAGUUUACCUUUUUCAAAAAUAUCAAUUCAAGACUAUCAAGAAAGGGUAAAGAGGCUAGUUUUCGAAGGUGAUUAAGAUCAAAUAACUCUAAGACAGCUCAUUGAAUCUUUUAAAGAUAACAACUCUUUCCAUACAGAGCUCUCAACUGAAGGCAGUGAGCUAAGAAGCAUAUUUCUAAGCAAAUAUCUUAAGAAACCCUAAAUGAAAUCUUUACUUGGACUAGAUGGCAAGAAUCAGGCUCCUCAGAAAAUUUCUGAAUAAAGCCUUGCUGACUAAAAUGAUUUAAAAAUUUGGGUCACUGGCCUUCUAAUGCUUGGUAUACUGUACUGCCAAGGUUCAGCUAGAGUAAAAGCUAAUGUAUUUUUCGAGAUAUUGCAAAAAGAGUUGAACAGUGAUAUUACUCAUCAAGAUUAAGAAUUCAUUACAUUUUACCCAAUCUAUCUUCAAUAUGCCACUUCGCUUCCCUACCAUUUCACAGCUAUAAGACUUGGAAAGGAGCUUGAUGAAGACAAGGAAAAAGAUGAAGAGGAAGAACUAGAAACUAUCUAUGAUAGCAUUAAAGAGGAACUCAUUGAUUUAAUUUACGGAACUUAUAACAAUAAAGUCUCGAGAAGUGAAUUUAUUGAUAAGUUAUCAGGCUCAUUAUGGAGGUAUCUAGAUGCUAAUGAGUUAAGAAAGAUACUAGAUAAAAAGCUUAAAGAGAAUAGCAUCAAUUCCUAUUUAAAAUCUUAGCUAGAUGAAUUAGGUGGAAUCAGAGUAAAUGGAAACGGACCUGCCCAAACAUAGGCUUGA